UUUUUUCUCCCAACCGAUUCUCACUCUACGCUGGCAGCUAGUCCAACGCAGUAGUAACAUUCCUACUAGCCGAGAGAGAUCCACACAACAUACACCGUAGUCAUCGUAAUUGCAUUUGUUGUCACGCCACGACAAUUCCAACACCCCCAGACUCGACCAACACAACUUUACGUCAAGGGUCCCAAUUAACUUUCCAACUUUGUGGUAUCGAUCUACUUGGGCUGUUGCUAUCAAAAGUCGUCGCAUUGUCUUUGAAUCGAACACAUUCCCCCACUUGUAACGGUACAGUUCACGUAACGUAUACCAUGUGUCGUUCCAGUAACCCGAACAACAGUAACCCGAGCAACGUCGGUAAAACGGCGUCGCCACCGACGGGUGGUGCGGAAGAAUUGGCGACGGACGAGACCUGGAUCAAGACUUUCGACGUCAACGCCUUUGCGCGGGACAUUCGUGAUUUGGGGGAACAGUUGCGGGCGCAGCAGGGCGACGCCGACGUGCAACACCUGCACAAGAUGGUGCGUUGGAGCAAUCUGUGUGCGGCCGUUGGAUUCCUCACCAUGGGAUACGUCGUCAAUCCCGUUGCCGUCGUGGCGCUCUCGACCUGGACUUUCUCGCGCUGGACCAUGAUUGCGCACCACGUGUGUCACGGAGGCUACGAUAGCAUCCACCCCAACAAGAAACGUUGGAACCGCUUCAAGUUCGCUAUUGGAUCUUUCUGGAAUCGCCUCUGCGAUUGGCUCGAUUGGAUGAUGCCCGAAGCGUGGAACGUCGAACACAACAACCGUCAUCACUACAAGCUUUCCGAGAUUGACGAUCCCGACCUUGUCGAGAAUAACCUCGUGGAUUUGCGUCAGGCUCCUAUUCCCCUCGCCGCCAAGUACCUCGUUGUGGGACUCGCCAUGGCCUCGUGGAAGUGGUUCUACUACGCCCCCAACACGUACAAGGAACUCAAACUCGCGCAGUGGCGUAAGCAGGGCAAGCCGUUGCCGCCUAACGUGAACCCUGCCGACGCCGUCACCAUUCGAUCCGUCCUGCAGGGUGACAAUCCCUUUUAUUCCGCCGCGGAGCUCUUUGGCGUGGUCCUUGGACCCUACCUGGUCAUUCACUUUUUCCUCUUGCCACUGCCCUACUUGGCGCUCGGUUACUAUUUGGCGCUGGCCGACCCCGCCGCGCUCUACUGGACCGCCGUCACCAACCUGGUCCUGGCCGAAGUCCUCACCAACAUUCACGGGUUCGUUGCCGUCGUGACCAACCACGCGGGCGAUGACAUGUACCGCUUCCGGAACGGCUGUCGUCCCUUUUCCGGUAGUUUCUUCCUCCGACAGGUCCUGGCCUCGGUCGACUUUCAAAUGGGCACGGAUUUGGUCGACUUUCUGCACGGAUUUUUGAAUUACCAGAUUGAACACCACCUGUGGCCUAAUCUGUCCAUGCUCAGUUACCAAAAGUCGGCUCCUCUCGUACGCGCCGUCUGUGCCCGACACGGUGUCCCGUACGUUCAGGAAAACGUCUUUCGACGCGUCCACAAGACGGUACAGAUCAUGGUCGGCACGACCAGUAUGAAAUGGUUCCCGGCCAAGUACGAAGACGCCUACUUGGAACAGGACGCCAAGUUUUUGUCGGAAGAAAUGGCCAAGUAGUUGGGUACCGAGUGGGACCCGCCCGUAGGAAUACGGACCCGUUCGGUACUUUCGGGAGAGCCAGUCAGCCAAGGCACGUGUGCCACGGUACACCCGUAGACAAUUGGCGACACGGUCUAGUAUUGACAGUGAGUGAUUGAACACAAUCCAAAAACCAACUUGGUGUUACUCUGUAUUGGUAGUUCUAGGAAUAGUUAGGUCUGUAAUAAUUAUGGUGAUGAUGGG